AUGGAAAUCGAGAUAUACGAAGGAUCGGAGAAAGAUGUCGUACUGAUGCCUGAAAUCUUCGUAAAAGGAAUGCUGCAAGAUGUGCAGUGGUCAGCAUUAAUGCGAGAUGUGAAAUUCGAGGACUGGCUAGCAUGGCAGCUGGAGUAUUUCAAACUUCGGUGGAAGUUACCUGACAAGAGGCUCUUCUUUGCGAGGGAGAUUAGUACUGGGAAAAUAGUGGGCUACAGCAUCCUAGGUCUACCAGGAAAGUGGACCAAAGAGCAACUUGAAGCGUCGUCCGGUGUGCCGCCACUGCCAGAGGGAGUCGACAAAGCGUUGUUGAAGGAGAUGGUAGGUUUGAUUGGCAUAUCUAAAAAUUACGGCUAUGAUUCAAAGAUACACUACCACCGAAAAGGAAUAGCAGUGCUGCCUGAAUACCAGAGAAAGGGAAUCGCAACCAAGCUGUCUCGGCGUCUUGACGAGAUUGUGGACGAGAACGUAGGAUUGACUUAUGUUGCCACUGUGCCAGCUUCCAUGAUGCUUUUUAAGACACAAGGCUUUGAGAUUAUUGGAACGGAGUCAAUGGACAUGACAAAGUUUGGGGGCACGCCGGAGCAGGGGAAGAACUAUGUCAUGCUGAGAAAACCUCAACUCAAAACAAAGCAGGUGUAA